CCUGCUUAGGUAGAUCAACAACUUUUCCCAUGCCACGGUGAUCUUGCUCCUGUAACUAACUUAAAUCCCCCACCUUUCCUCUCCCAUCAACUCACCAGAAGAGUAAUGCGCCCCUCCGCGGGGUGGUGGUGGUCAUCGACGACAGCACCAUGGGCGAGAAGACAAGAUUCCAGAUGAUGAUGCGGCCACGGCCGCGACACAACCGCCGCCAGCUGCGGCAGAUCACGCUCGUCAUCGGCGCCGUCCUGGCGUUGUACUGCGUGGUGUUUGUCUGGAACAUCCCCGGGUCCGCGACAAGAGCGUCGUCGCGGAAGAAGCCACUGCCGCCAGAGAUACUCAACAACCUCUCCCUGGACGAGGCGCAGUGCAAUGCCUACUUCCCAGGGCUUACCAAGGAGAUCGAUGAUGCCGUCGCCGAGGGGCCGUUUCAGGUAAAGCAGAUGGGCGAUAUGGGCCCGUUGCAGGGGAGGAUCAAGGAUGGACAGAUCUCUAUCAUUCACGCGCAGCGCAAGUCAGACCUCUCCAAGGAGAUGAUGAACUCACGAACCGCCUCGCUGCACCAGCUCUACCGCGCCCUUCUCACCUCUCCUUCGCCACUGCCAGACACGAUCUUCACGCUCAACUUCCAAGACCAGCCGUUCGGGACAGCGUGGGCGUAUUCGCGGGCCGCCGACCCACAGUUCCGCUCCAAGGGCUCCAACGCGCGUACGUUUCUCAUGCCGCACUUCUCCUUCUGGGCCUGGAAGCUUCCCUUCAUCGGCUCCAUGGGCCGCGCGGCAAAGGCCAUUAGCGAUGUAGAAGCCGAGUUCGCCAACGGGAGGUGGCACCAAAAGAUAGGCAAGGCCGUGUGGCGGGGCACGACGUGGUUCAACAGCGUGUACAAUCCGCGCAUGCGGCAGAACCUCGUGGCCACGGCGAGGGGCGAGCCCUGGGCGGACGUUGAGCCGCUCGAGUGGAACGGGUCGACCGGCAACGCGAGCAACGCGCUGCCCGUCGAGGAGUUCUGCCGGUACAAAUACAUUGUGCACACCGAGGGCGUCACGUACAGCGGACGGUUCCAGUUCCUCCAGAUGUGCGCCAGCGUCGUGCUCACCCCGCCGAUCCAGUGGAUGCAGCAUGUCACGCACUUGGUGAAGCCGCUGUUCUCGAGUGACUUGAAUCUGAAGGGCUCCAAAGGGUGGACGCCGACGGAGAACGUGCGCCGGGCGUGGCCGGUGAGGUACAAGCCCCAGGAGGCGAACAUUGUCUUUGUGGCGCCGGAUUGGUCGGAUCUGGGGGCCACCGUGGCGUGGCUGGAAGAGAAUCCAGAGAUCGCCGAGGGGAUCGCGAGGAGGCAGCGGGAUCUGUUCGUCGGUGGGGGUUACUUCAGCCCGGCUGCUGAGACAUGCUACUGGCGGGCCUUGGUGCGAGGGUGGGCGGAGAUGGCGCGAACCGAGGGUCAGGGAUGGGAAGAGACCGAAGGAAUCUCGUUCGAGGCGUUCAGUCUGACAAACACUGUUUGAUUUGGUAACCGAUGAUCUGGGUUGUCAGGCGCUCUGGGCUUUGGCGUUCAGUGGCCGUGAGUGAGAGCUUGGGCGGUUGGUUUGUGUCGAUAUACCCGCACAAAAAAAAAACGCAUCGAUUGCGAAUAUUAUGGCGGCAAACGCCGUAUCCCUUUCA